CUCACCGCCCAAAAUUUUGACUUUUUUUCAUCGCAAGAGUCAAUACAGUAUUGCAAAUGUAACAUGAAUCAUUUGGAUUAAUUCACUACAACACUAUUAAUACAUUUCGUCUGCACCAUCACAUAGAUAAUAUGAACCAAAAUAAUUUAUUAUAUUAUGAGAAUAGUUUUAAUUUAGAAAAUCAAAAAUAAAUGUUGAAUGCUGUCAAAUCUAACAGAAUUUUAAAAGAUGGUUGACUAUUACCAGACAUAGCGCUUACAUUUAGGUAGAGACAUAAAUAAUAAAAACCUUGUUUCAUAAUAUCUAUUUUAUUUUACAAAUUAUCCAUAAAAAAGCCAAAUUUUACCAAAUAGGCGGCACGGUGAAUCAGAUGGUAAAGCGUUGGCCUCACAGUUCUGAGGUCCUGGGUUCAAUGCUGGACCCGCCUUUGUGGAGUUUGCAUGUUCUCCCCGUGCCUGCGUGGGUUUCCUCCGGGCUCUCCGGUUUCCUCCCACAUCCCAAAAACAAGCAACAUUAAUUGGACACUCAAAAAUGCCCCAAGCUGUGAUUGUGAGUGUGGCUGUCUGUCUCCAUGUGCCCUGCGAUUGUCUGGCAACCAGUUCACGGUGAACCCCACCUCCUGCACGUUGAGAGCUGAGAUGGGCUCCAACACUCCCUGCGACCCUUGUGAGGAUAAGCGGCUAUGAACAUGGAUGGAUGGAUGGAUGGAUGUUACCAAAUAGAGUAUGACCCUAUUUGUGCAAAACGUUUGCAUGACCUCAUUAUGAUCACUGCGAUCUCUCCCUUGAAGCCUUUGAACACCUUGAAGUUGAUCCCCUUAAGGCGGCAUGGUGGACAACUGGUUAGCACAGCUGCCUCACAGUUCUGACGUUCCAGGUUCAAAUCUAGCCUCACCUGUGUGAAGUUCUCCAGGUGUUCCAGUUUCCUCCCACAUCCCCAAAACAUGCAUGGGUGUUGCCUGCCUUUCGCGGACAGCCAUCUGAGACAGGCGCCAACACACUAGUGGACCUUGUGAGUGGAAGCAGUUCUGAAGAUGGAUGGAUGGAGAUACUGUUGAGAAAACUGGCAUAAACAGCAUACAUUUCACUCCACUAUAUUUUACGAUAUUCGUAAUGAUUUGCUAUAAUCUGUAAUGUGAAGAUGACACAAGCAGUGUUCAAAGCACACCUGUUUAGUCGAAUCCUGCCAGCACGGGGUGCACUGGGUCUACACAGCAUCAUAAAAGACAACUAAAACCAGUAAUUAAAAAUAAUUAUCAGUGAAGAAGAAGAUGGGUGAGAACCCUUCUUAUGUACCUGCACAAGAAACUCCAUUGCGCAAACUUGCAUUCCUUUGCUCUGUGUGCUUGGCGGCCUCUUCAACAGACUGUGGAAAGAGAUCAGGAAAAUGGCAUUGAUGGGACCAGAGAUCGAUGACAGCCUCAAGGCAAAGCUGGAAAAUAUUAUUAACCCCCAAAACGCUCUGAUAAUGAAAAUGGACCGGAUGGUUCUAAUUUUCGAUCAGGAAUAUGAGAAAAUCUCACUGGAUGAGUUAAGAAACAACCUUCCCAAGCAAGAGCCAAGGAUCAUUGCUUACCCUUACGAUCUCAUUGAGGAUGGCGAGAUAAAGGCAUGCUACAGGACCCUUAUAUUCGUCAGCCCUAACGGGUGCAAUCCAAGGGACCUGAUGUCGUGUGCGUCCGCCGUUGAUUUCGCAAGAAAGCAAAUGGCUGCCACCAACGGGUACGCCAACAGACACGGGGUUUCGCUUAGUGAGCUUGACGCACGCGCUGAUGCCCCGGAGACGCCGGACCCAUCCCUGCGAAGAACUCAGACACCCGAUGCCACCUGACCAAGUGCGUGACGACCCCAUUCUUCGCAGCAGCCCUCCAAACGCGGUCACACUCACCAUUGAAGCGGGAUGGGGCCGGAAAGGACAAUUUUCACAGCUGUGAUCACAAAUGACAUUUUAUUAUUUGCCAAAAUGAUACCCCGUUAUUGCCUUUGUUCCUACAGGUGUCCCCAAACACGUCAUGUGACUAAACAACAAGGGUGGAUGAUUUGACGUCAUUUUGUUUUUACUGGGAAUGUGAACCAUAUCAAAGAUGAUUAGAAGAAACUGACAGCACCCAAGAGUUAAAUAUAAGUGUCACAGCAAAGGGUCUUGAUACUUACAGCUGUGAUAUACACAUAUGUUUUUAGUAAUUAAAAUUCCUCCGGGCACUCCGGUUUCCUCCAAUAUCCCAAAAACAUGCAACACUAAUUGGAUACUUUAAAUUUCCCCUAGGUGUGAUUGCGAGUGUGGCUGUUUGUCUCUACGUGCCUUGUGAUUGGGUGGCAACCAGUUUAGGGUGUACCCCGCCUCCUGCCCGUUGACAGCUAGGCUAGGCUCCAGCAUUCCGUGACCCUCGUGAGGAUAAGCCCUGAAGAAAAUGGAUAGAAAAUUAAAAUUGUAUUUUUUUCCGUCUAUAUGAGAUGGUGUGUUGAUUGAGAUUUUUAGAAAAUGUCUGCAAUACAAUUGAGAAACUUAAGGGGUCUAGGAUGGUGAUGCAGGAGCGUGCUCCCAUUUAACGAGUUUGAAUGUGAUUGGUUAAUUCUGAACAGAGCAGUACCCCCGGUUGUAACAGUUUAACACAAUGAAAGUAACCUUAAUGGUGAAAAGUUUUGUACAAUCACAAAACACUGACAGAUGUGUAGACUUUGUAUCCAGUGUUAACAUUUUUUUGUCUUAACAGUUAAUUUCCUCUAUCACUGGCUUUGUCAAAUGACUGAAGUGCUUGUAUACUAGUGGUGCAACCAGAGACGGCGCAGUCUCUUGCCAUU